AUUUUUUCAUGAGCUGCGAGUUCCAGGUAUAAUAUCCCGCACAAAAAUAUUCUUGGGGUAUGGAGCUCCACGCGGGUGUUUUGCCCGCUUCAUUUGCUUCCUUCCUUCUCGUUCGCGGCAGCUCCCGCAGAAGGAAGCGGGAAAGGGGCGAACCUCCUCCUAAACUCGUUCCCAAACGCAUCAACACCCUCGCCUACCCCAAAUCCUCUCCCACUCCUCUCCUCCUCGCCCCACACCGCGCCCCCCUCACCCGCGACCAGGCCCUCGAUCGCAUCCUCGCCGACCUCGACUCCGCUCUCGCCCGCGGCGUCCAUGUCGAAGCCUCCAUCUUCGCCUCCCUCCUCGAGGCAUGCUCCCAGAUGCGCUCCCUCCGCCACGGCGUGCGUCUCCGCCGCCUCAUCCCUCCCGCCCUCCUCCACCGGAACCCCGAACUCUCCGCCAGGCUCCUCCGCUUCUAUGCCUCAUGCGGCCGCGUCGAUAAAGCCCACCAACUGUUCGACCAAAUGCCGCGUCGAUUUAAGAACAGCGCCUUCCCUUGGAACUCCCUCAUCUCCGGCUACACCGAGCUGGGUCUAUACGAAGACGCCAUGGCUCUAUAUUACCAGAUGGAGGAGGAGGGCGUCGAGCCCGACCGGUUCACCUUCCCUCGAGUUCUCAAGGCCUGUGCUGGAAUCGGGUCGGUGAGCCACGGCGAGGCCAUCCACCGCCACAUUGUUCGCUCGGGCUUCGGCACUGAUAUCUUUGUGCUCAAUGCGCUCGUGGAUAUGUACUCCAAGUGCGGCGACAUCCAGAAAGCCCGGCAGAUUUUCGACAAGAUUCCCGACAGAGAUCCGGUCUCAUGGAAUUCGAUGAUAAAGGGUUACAUACGACAUGAACUUCCUCUCGAGGCCUUGGACAUCUGCAGAAGAAUGCUUGCAGACGGGAUCGAGCCAGACUCUAUCACCAUCUCAUCAAUGCUCUCUGGGUUCUCUUUGCCUUCCACCAACAAACUGGGGCUUCAAAUUCAUGGUUGGGUUCUCCGACAUGGGCUCGAGUGGAAUUUAUCAGUCGCAAAUUCUUUGGUCGGAAUGUACUCCGAACACAACCAAUUGGAUCGAGCUCGGUCGAUAUUUGAAUCGAUGCCAGAAAAGGAUUUGGUCUCUUGGAAUGCUAUAAUUCAUGCUCACCGUAGGGAUCAUCGAGUGCUUACCAUGUUUCAGAGCAUGGAGGAUUCAGGGGUGCUGCCAGACCAAGUCACUUUCGUAUCGUUGCUCUCGGCAUGUGCGAAUUUGGGAUUAGUGGAGGAUGGCCGGAGGUUGUUCUCGGAGAUGGAGGAGAGAUACAAGAUAACACGAGGAAUGGAGCACUAUGGAUGCACGGUGAACAUGUUGGGCAGAGCAGGGUUGGUAGGUGAGGCUUAUGAGCUCAUAUCGAAGCAGAUGCCAUUCGAUGGCGGACCGACGGUGUGGGGGGCGUUGUUGUAUGCUUGCUCAGUGCAUGGGAAUGAUGACAUAGGAGAGAUUGCAGCAGAGAGAUUGUUUGAGUUGGAACCUGACAAUGAGCUUAAUUUUGAGCUGUUGAUGAAGAUUUAUAGGCAGGCAGGAAGAUUGGAAGAGUUGGAGAAGGUGAGGAUGUUGAUGAGGGAGAGAGGAUUGGAAUCAGAGUCUUGAGGAUAUAGAAUAUCUGGAUUCCCACGAUUUCCUUUCUCCUGCAUUUUAAUUGCUUCCUCUUGUAAUUAGUAUCUUCUUGUAAGUCAUUAGAUAAAAAUAUAUACAUUGCAGGAACAGUGCCUGAUUUUUCUUUGAAGCUUCUUCACAAAAUCUGUUAAAUUACCUCCUUCAAGGCUCAGUAGGGGCCUGUUGUGUCAAUGUUGGGAUGUAAUUUUAGCAAAAUUUCAUUCUGUCGAAUGAGAGAAAUGAAAUAUGUAAAACUAAAUUAAAUGUAGCAUAUUUUGCAUAGAAGAUC